CAAUAGAUGGGUGCCCUGUGGCUGAGAAGAGUCUGGGUAAUUUCAAUAUGGCGCGCUACAGUUCGGAUUCAGACGACGAUCGAAGACGAAAAAGGAGCUCAAAAAGCUCCAAAAAGCGCGAUAGACGAAGUCGCAGCCGUAGUAGGGAAAGAAGAAGACGGUCUAAAUCGCGUGAUCGGGAUUCUCGAUCGCGAACGUCAAGUAGGCGAAGAAGCCGAAGUAGUGAGAGACGACACAGAAAAGAUGAUAGAUCUCGGGAGAGCAGCUAUGACAGUAGACGGUCCGGUAGGAGUAAAAGAGAUAGAAGAAGCAGAUCAAGAAGCUAUAGCAGUGAUGGCGAGAGGAGAGAUAAAAGGGACAAGGAUGAUUCAGGGAGCUCUAAGGAUAAAGCUAAACAAAGGAUGAAAGAUGCUCUGAGAAAAGCAGAAACCAAAGAUGAGGAACUACAGAGUGAGAGGGAAAAGAAGAAAUUAGGAAAAGAGAUAGUUCCUGAUGCAGAUGCAAUAGCAAGAAUUGAAAGCAGUGGGUUUGUGCAAGAAAGCUUUUCAUCCAAUGACAGUAAGGAUAAGAAGAAUUUAGGUAGCAAGACGAUAGAUCAAGGCCACGAACUCGCCAUGUUCGGCGGAAUGCUUGGCGAUACCCUGGUUGUCCCUCUAUCCGAUACCAAGCUGUCAACUAAACCACUGAUAAUGCAACCACUCGACACUGAGGGGCUAUUUGGACCACUCUUACAAGAGGAUGAAGAAUCAAAGAUGGAGAGAUGGGUGAAGAAGUUAGCGGCCAUGAGAAACAAGGUGCUGGCUUCUUCCUAAUUGACUUCACGUUAGUUUGUAAAUAUUUUCUACAAUAAAAAAAAAUAUUUCGCCUA